GUUUUGAAAACUUUGAGCAGCUUCUGUCCGGAGCUCAUUGGAUGGAUAACCAUUUCCGCAGCGCCCCUCUGCAGCAGAACGUUCCCGUUCUUCUCGCUCUGCUUGGCGUCUGGUACAUCAACUUCUUCCAGGCAGAGACUCACGCCAUGCUGCCCUACGACCAGUACAUGCACCGCUUCGCCGCUUACUUCCAACAGGGAGACAUGGAGUCUAACGGGAAAUACAUCACUAAAGAUGGAAGCCGUGUGAACUAUCACACUGGACCAAUCGUGUGGGGGGAACCAGGCACUAACGGACAACACGCCUUCUACCAGCUCAUACACCAGGGAACUCGGAUGAUUCCUGCUGACUUCCUCAUUCCUGCUCAGUCUCAGCAUCCAAUCAGAAACAACCUCCAUCACAAGAUCCUGGUGGCGAACUUCCUGGCUCAGACUGAAGCUCUGAUGAAGGGAAAAACUUCUGAUGAGGCUCGAAGAGAGCUGGAGGCUGGCGGCCUGAAAGGAGACGCUCUGGAGAAACUGCUACCACACAAAGUGUUUGAGGGAAACAAGCCGAGUAACUCCAUUGUUUUUAAGAAGCUGAGUCCGUUCAUGCUGGGAGCUCUGGUCGCCAUGUACGAACACAAGAUCUUUGUGCAGGGAGUCAUGUGGAACAUCAACAGCUACGACCAGUGGGGGGUUGAACUGGGGAAACAGCUGGCGAAGCAGAUCGAGCCAGAGCUGAAAGACGACUCGGAGGUCACCUCCCACGACUCGUCCACUAACGGACUCAUCAACUUCCUGAAGAAGAACUUCGCCUGAGCCCCCUCCCCCUCCUCCUCCUCCUCCCCCACUCUGUACUCCUCUGUCAUUGGCUGAAGCUCUGUUUUGGUCCGUUCAAGCACUUCCUGUUUGUUGAUGUGAUACGUCACAUGUAGCAGUGUUUAAACUUGAAAAGGGAGAUUAUAUAUCGCUUUAAAGGGAGAAGAGAAAAUCAAAUGUGCAGAUGUUACUGUAGGUGACCACUCUAGUCAGCACUGCCUUUCAAAAUAAAAGCCCUGUUGUCACUGGA